AAAUGCAUCUCUUCGAAUUUGAUUAUUUAUUUCUUUUUCUAAUCGAUAAAUAGUUGUUUUUAUUAUUUUGGCAUUAUGAAAUGUUUACUGAUAACAGUGAACGUGUCAGUCAAAUUGUGAUUCUACUCACAAGAACUUCAUUUUAUUUUAGUUUUACAAUUGUUUGAAUAUGACGAGAAUAUUUGUGAAAGUAUUUAAUUAAAGAUAUUUAUAAAAUAUGGAGAAAACCAUUAGUAAAAUACUUGACGUGUCUUGGAGAUUCGGUGUAACUGCAGCAAGUAAUGACUCGGAUAAAGUUGGCAAAUCUUUUCUGCAACUAAAAUUGUCUCUCGAUGAAGGUAACAGAAUAAAAGAUCACUUCAUCGAGAUGAGUAUUCCCGAAUUUUAUAAAUUUCUGCAUGAUUUAGAGAAAGCAAAGAUUAACCUUGACCUAUUGGUUUGAAUAUUUUUAAUUAGUACAUUUGUAAAAAUAAUAUAAAUAUUUUAUAUAUCACUGACAUAUAAUUAAUGUUAUGUAAAUUUUUAAUCAAUGAAUAACAUGUUACGUAUAAAUAUAUUAACACGUUUGCUAUAUCAAUGUCACUUAUACAAUGAUUACUAUUGAGAUUCCAACGUCACACUUUUUUAAUAAUAAUCAACGAAAAAAAUUUCUUAACAGUGAUCAAAAUCCUUUCUCCAUAGUACAGUAGCAAACGUGUUAAAGUAAUAUUUGUCUCUAUUUAAAUAAAUAAUAAGAGUUUUGUAACAAUAUUGGACAUUUGAUAGUCAUACAUUUAUAAAUAUAUAAAUAAUUUAUUUGUUAUCGAUAA